UGUUCCAUUGAUGCUCUUCCUGCGCGAGAAAACAGCAGAAUUUAUCCACUUUGCAGACCUUUUUUUACACUUCUGAGCAGUCCCUGGCGUUAUUUACUGUAAAAUAAGCGAGUCCGGUUGGAGCCGGAAGUUCUUUAAACAGCGGGGAGAUGAGCACGGAGCGGCGGGAGCGCGAAGCUAUCUGACCGGGCAAAACAGACACUGUUAGCCGCCCUUCUUUAAGUCUCCAGCCUACUUUCUGCUUAUUUAUCCUUUCCGUGGGUAACAACUGGUGGUCUCCUGUGAGCUACCACUGGCAUGUCACAAUACACAAGCUUUCCAGAACCGAUGGAGGACCAGAACCCUUUCCAGGACCCAGCUGUGGCUCAGCACAGCAGCAGCACAGGAUAUGCCACUCUGGACCUUUACAACCCCUUUGACAAACCAGCUGGGCCUCCUCCACCAUACGAAGCCGCCUCUCCUCCACCUCCACCUGCGCCUGCACAAACUCCACCCAGCAGAACAACGCCCACAGAAACUCGAAACUACGGCUCCUACAACUCCCAGCCCGUGGUGAAUGCAGCCACAUCAGAGCUCCAGAGGAGGCAGGAGGAGCUGGAGAAGAAAGCCCAGGACCUGGAGAGGAGAGAACGGGAGCUGCAGUCGCACAGCCUCGGACCUGGAGCCACUCGUCAGCACAACUGGCCCCCGCUGCCUUCUUUCUGCCCCGUGGGCCCCUGCUUCUACCAAGACAUCAAUGUGGAGAUCAGCCAGCGCUUCCAGCGGAUUGUCUCCAUCAUGUACUACUUCUGGCUGUUCUGCGCCUUCACGCUUUGCUUCAACCUGAUCUCCUCGCUGGCUUACUUCUGUACGGACACCAGCACUGGUUCUGGCUUUGGCCUCUCCAUCCUCUGGGCCCUCCUCUUCACCCCCUGCUCCUUCGUCUGUUGGUAUCGACCCGUCUACAAAGCCUUCAGGAGUGACAGCUCCUUCAACUUCUUCUUCUUCUUUUUCAUUUUCUUCGCCCAAGUGGGCGUCUUUAUCAUCAUGACCAUCGGCAUCCCAAACUCAGGCUUCAGUGGUUGGAUUGUGAGCCUGGCUGCUCUGAGCAGAAGUAAAGCAGUUGGUGUGAUCAUGAUUAUAAAUGCCAUCUGCUUCAGUGCCCAGACCGCCAUGGGGAUCGUCCUGCUGAAAAAGGUCCACAGCAUGUACAGGCAAACCGAGGCCAGCUUUCAGAAGGCGCAGGCGGAGUUCGCCACCGGAGUCAUGUCCAACCAGGCCGUACGCCAAGCAGCUGCCUCUGCUGCCCAGGGGGCCUUCACCGCACCUCAAUAGAAGUGGACCGAGUGGCCGUGGAGGGACGAGGAGCGUGCGUUCAGCUUGAUGGAGAGUCAUAUUAAAGAAGCCAAGUCUAUUUAAUAACCUUCCGGUCGUGUCUAACUUUGAAAUCAUACAUGAGAUAUUGCCAUACUGAAAUAGCCAAAACAUAAAGACUGAUUGAAAAACCGCUGAGGUGGUGCAGUCCUAAAAAAAAAAAAAAAAAUUGAUAAAUGCUACUAUUUUGGACAGGACUUGCUUUUGUGUUCACUUGCUUAAAAAACUAUUAUGAUCUGUGUUUUUGGAAAAGUGCAAAAGGAAGCUGCACAUUAAAAUGAUUAUAUUUAAGGCUUUCUGUAACUGCACUUUUUUUUUUUGCUUAUGUGUGAUUAAGUUAAUUUAUCGUUAUAAAUGAGAAUACUUACUAACUGCAUUGCCAAAUCAUUUCCUA